AUGUUCAGUUCCAAUAGUUUUGAAGGUCAGAUUGGUGGUGAGAUAUUUUUGGUAAUCUGUCCAGCUGGUUCUGUAUUGUUUUGGCGACAUCAGGCCAGAAAUACCUUCCUGGGCCCAUCUCUGGUGGUUGACCAGUUUCGGCACCGUAUGGAUGCCUCUGGAAAACUGCUUCAUCGAACGCAUUUGAUAUCCACUGGAAAAAGCUUGAAAAAUUUUAGACGUUCAGAAAUGGUAGUGUGCAAGGGACAAUAUUCUUUCCUUGAUAAAUACUCUAUAAUGUUGAUGGCGUCUUUGCGAUGGUCGAGUCCUGUGACCAAAACAGCCUUGCUGUCGAGGUCAUUUUUGAGAAACAGGUCACUAUACACCAAUUCUAACCGUGGGAUGAGAAAAACUACCGGAACAGGCUCGCAGAAUGGGUAUUACGGUGCAUCGCAACACAAUAAUUAUAUUUAUACAGAGAAUCCGGGUGGCAUAAUCAGCCAUUCUGAUCCGCUCGCCGACAUUCUUUCGCAACCGACUUUGGUGAUCCAACGUCAGAUCGAGUAUAUGAAUUUAUUUCUGGGAUUUGAACAGGCAAACAAGUACGUUGUGAUGGACUCUUUGGGAAACCAAUUGGGGUGGCUAAUGGAACGAGAUUUGGGAUUUACCAAUACCAUAUUGAGACAAGUCUAUAGAUUACAUCGUCCGUUCACGGUGGACAUGUUUGACAACGCCGGAAACCUGCUGAUGACUAUCAGAAGACCUUUUAGCAUAGUCAAUUCGCAUAUCAAAACGUUCUUACCAUCCGUGGUGGAUCCUAAAUAUCCAGAUGGUGCCCUGAUUGGAGAAUCUGUUCAGAGUUGGCAUCUGUGGAGACGGAGAUACAAUUUGUUCAAAAGCGCACACGAGGACAGUUUCGAUCAGUUUGGCGCAAUUGAUGCUGGCUUCCUAUCGUGGGAGUUCCCUGUUCGUGCGGAAAACGGAACAAUUUUGGGGGCCGUGUCCAGGAACUUUGUUGGUUUUGCCAGAGAGUUUUUCACGGACACGGGUAUUUAUGUGAUCCGUAUGGACCCUCUUAGUUUCCAAGGCCUUGAAGACGUUUAUUCUCCAAUUGCCAAUGAGGGCAUGACACUGGACCAGAAGGCAAUUUUGGUGGCGAAUGCCGUUUCCAUAGACUUUGACUAUUUCAGCAGACACAGCUCUGGCCCGGGCGGAGGAGGAAUUUCAUAUUUGAAACAUGAUAAGAAGGAACACUUAAGCAGCGAAACCAAUAACACCACAAGCUGGUCUCAGACCGGCGUUACCAGUUUUCAGAGAGUCGGCGUUGCCACCCUUACCCAAGUCAUCGGUACCGGAGUGAACAACAACGGUUCUUCCCAAAAUGGAGUUCUCACCCAAGAGCUUGAUGAGAGAGUCCUGCUUAGCACCCUUAGCCAAUCCGUUGGCGUCGGUGGUGAUGUUGCCGAGGUCACCAAUGUGUCUCUCAGAGUCCUCUGGAGCACCGUGGUUCUUGCCGAAUGGGUUGAAGUGAGGACCAGCAGAAGUACAUCCAUUGGUGUUGUCACCAAACUGGUGAAUGUGGAAUCCUCUCAGAGCAUUUGGAUCGUUACCGGAAAUUUCCCAGGAAAUAGUGGUUGGAUCGGAUUCGGAAGAUUGUUCGAAAGUAACAACUCCCUUAACAGUAGAAUCACCUCUCACGACAGCGACUAA